AUGCACAUCCUGAGCCCCUCGGCUGAGUCUGAUCAGGAGCCUGCCGGGUGGGGUCACAGCAGGGAGGAGACAGACCAGCUGGCCCUCGGGGGUGCCUCCCACGGUGAGUGGUCGGUGCUCAGCUGUGAGCCUCCUACCUGGAGAGAGAAGGAAAGACAGCAGAGCAAGUGAGGGCAGGUAGAGGCCUGUGUGCUAGCGGAGGACCCUGCAAGGUGGGGAGUCUUGGAGGAGGACCCUGGGAGGUGGGGAGUCUUGGAGGAGGACGCUGAGAGGUGGGGAGUCUUGGAGGAGGACGCUGGGAGGUGGGGAGUCUUGCAGGAGGACCCUGGGAGGUGGGGAGUCUUGCAGGAGGACCCUGGGAGGUGGGGAGUCUUGGAGGAGGACCCUGGGAGGUGGGGAGUCUUGGAGGAGGACCCUGGGAGGUGGGGAGUCUUGGAGGAGGACGCUGGGAGGUGGGGAGUCUUGGAGGAGGACCCUGGGAGGUGGGGAGUCUUGGAGGAGGACCCUGGGAGGUGGGGAGUCUUGGAGGAGGACCCUGGGAGGUGGGGAGUCUUGGAGGAGGACGCUGGGAGGUGGGGAGUCUUGCAGGAGGACGCUGGGAGGUGGGGAGUCUUGGAGGAGGACGCUGGGAGGUGGGGAGUCUUGGAGGAGGACCCUGGGAGGUGGGGAGUCUUGGAGGAGGACGCUGGGAGGUGGGGAGUCUUGGAGGAGGACCCUGGGAGGUGGGGAGUCUUGAAGGAGGACCCUGGGAGGUGGGGAGUCUUGGGGGAGGACGCUGGGAGGUGGGGAGUCUUGGGGGAGGACGCUGGGAGGUGGGGAGUCUUGGGGGAGGACGCUGGGAGGUGGGGAGUCUUGGAGGAGGACGCUGGGAGGUGGGGAGUCUUGGAGGAGGACCCUGGGAAGUAG